UCCAUUCACUUUUCUCUCUCACCAAACAGCCUUCUAUAAGAGCGAGCGAGCGAUACACAGAGAGAGAGAAAGGUCUUUAUCUAUCCGAAUUUUAGGGUUUCCUUCUCUCACCACCGACGCCCAAUUUCGAAACUCUAACCUUCGGAUCUGGUCUGAAGAAUUCUGGUUGUUAGUUGGUUCAAUUUAAUCAGCCAAGUUUCAUGUCUGAACUCGACUCCCAAAUUCCUACUGCCUUUGAUCCGUUUGCUGACGCAAAUGCUGAGGACUCCGGUGCUGGGACAAAAGAGUAUGUGCACAUUCGUAUACAGCAGCGGAACGGUAGAAAGAGCCUGACAACUGUGCAGGGUUUGAAGAAAGAAUACAGCUACAACAAGAUACUCAAAGACCUUAAGAAGGAAUUUUGCUGCAAUGGUACCGUAGUCCAGGACCCCGAACUAGGACAGGUUAUUCAACUUCAAGGUGAUCAGAGGAAGAAUGUUUCCACCUUCCUUGUCCAGGCUGGAAUUGUGAAGAAAGAAAAUAUCAAAAUUCAUGGUUUCUGAGCGGCUGCAACUGAAAGCUUUAUGCCCUUAUAUGUUCCAGACGCUAUCCAAGUGUUUUUCUGUCAUGUUAUCUUAAGGUUUUAGUGUGUUCAAUACUCUACACUCUGUUUCUGGUGUGUUCUAGUAUUCUAGUUGCUGUGUAAUGUGGGAUGAUUAUGGAACUUAUUACUACUUGUUCCAUCCUUAAUAACAAGCACUGUCAAAAUUGGAUGUUAAGGUCUU